UCCGAGCCUCACUGCCCCUCCUAUAGCCCCGGCUCCGAGCGCUCCCUUCUCCUCAUCCCCUUCAGCCCCGGCUCCGAGCUUGACUCCCCUUCCUCUCAGCGCCGGCUCCCUCCGCUCCUCCCUCAGGGCCGGGUGUCCGCGGCUGCCGGCGCUUCCAGGUUUCCCGAUCGCGCUGCUUGCGCACCCGUUCCGGCCCUGGGGCACCGCUGUCCCCUGCGAACCUCGGCGCGGAUCAGUCCCGGUUCCUCGGACGAGUCGCGAUUCCAGCACAGCCCUGCGGGCUCUGAAGGGCCGCAGGGAAGCCGCGGGCACGGAACGCACCAGUUCGGGUCUCACACACGCUCCAAAGCGCUUCCCAACUCCUCUUGUGGCAGCGCAAAGUCAAAUACUUGGGGGUAUAAACGGGCAGAUAUAAAAUCUUUGAAGUCAUAAUUAGUGUUUGAGUCUUCUGCAGCCUAGUGACAUCCUUGAGUUUAAGUUGCUUAACAGUGAUUCUGGGAAAUGGAUAAGAGUAUUUUUCAGCCUUAUGAAGAUGAAAUCCGGGCACUGGAAGAAGAAAUUUGGCUGCUAACAGAAAAGUAUAAAGAUAUCAGACAAGAAUCCAUCUCCUUUUCCGAUGAGGACAUACUGCAGUCAACAAGAUCAUUCCAAAGAGAAACUCAGGAAGAAACCAACGGACAAGAAUCUCUAUCAGAACUGAAAGCUCAGCUUGAAAGUCUGGAAGCAGAUCUUCCAUCUUUAAUGAAAUUUACAGGGUUUCAUUUCACAAGUCAUUCCAAGAAAACGUUGGAGAGAACUAGAAACAGGACAGUGGAGAAGCACAGAUUAUCAGGGAAAUGUCACUCCCUGUCUUUUCAACUGGAAUUCCAGCUUCUUGAAGUGCAGGACAAUGAGAAGGUGUCUACUGUUGUUAGUGAUCUCAGCAUUAUAAUGGAAUCCGGAGAAGAUUCAAAUGUGAGCAAGUUUGUGUCAAGCACUGAAGAAUGUGGAGAUGUUGUAACAUUUUUCAGAAGCCUUUCAACCUAUGCUGAGUGGUUUGAACAUCGUAGACGCACCUUCCUGCAUUUCAAGGCCAAGUAUCCUGACAUUGUGACCCUUCCGGAAGGGCUUGGGGGAGAUUUUAUAAUUCUGAGGAGCCCCAAAGUUUCUGGGUUUGAAUUGGUGAUUGUCUGGAAGAUCCAUCUUAAUGAAGAAGGGACCACCAUACCUGUCCUGGACCUGCUGCCCAAAGUACCAGAGCAAGUCCUGGAGAACAGCAUGACCAGUGUGGAGAACAUCCCUGGCAGCUUCCGGAGUGCGCUCAGACUCUUUGGGAUCGAGGUGUCCAUCGAGAACCUGAUCAAAGUGCUGCGCUCAGAAAAAUGAAUUACUUACACCAGGUAGCAAUUACUUACACCAGGUAGCAAUUUCAAAAGUAGUUUUAAUUAAGAUAUUGUGUUACACAGUCUGUAAUUUUAUUGAAUAUAAACAUUAAGUUAUUUUCCAUUUAGAAACCAUACUCAUAAAACAUGCUAUCUGUACAAUUAUGGCACGUUAUAUAUAAAUUGUCAUGACAUGAAAA